UGGAAUCUAUCUAAUAAAAAGAUUUAAAACACAAAAGUAGUUGAUUAUAUUGAAAAUGAUGUUUUUUCCUUUUGUAUCCAAGUGAAAUUAGAUUAGUCUCUAUUUAUAGAUCAUAAAACUGUUAUAUUUUUUAAAAAAUAUUAUUAUAUUCUACACAUUCAAUUUGCACCACCUGGCUAAGCCGAACUACAUAAAAUUUUAUCAACAUGUUAAACUUUACAACACCGUUGAAAUCACCUCGAUGAGCUACAAAAUAUCACCAAUCCCAUUGUAGGGUAUUCAACCCCCACCCCCAUUGUGAGUACUCUUAUGUUAAUAAGAAUUGCAUAUGUUACGGUGAGAGAAUGCAGCAAGAAGAAGAGCAACAUACAUGAAUUUACAAGCAUAAAAUGGAAGAAUGCUAAAAUGUAUUAUACAAUAAACCCAAAAUUCUUUUUGAUUAUUUAUUGAAAAAUAAAUUUUAACCGGCUUUACUGACUAUGAAGUAUGAACUAGUAGAAUUUUAUAUUGCAGUCUUUUUUUUCUACUAACUACGAACUAGUAGAACUUUCGGUUUUCACGCGAAAUAAAGAUCCGAUAGCAGUAUCAGUAUAUAACCUCUAUAGUUUUUUGAUUGUGAUGGACUCUUGUUCAGUUUUAAUAUAGGCACUUGAAACAUUAACUUACAAUCCUCCAAAUUUUAAGAAUUAAUAAUACAUACAAAAAUAAAGUUUAUAAAUUGUUAAAAGCAAAAUUUAUUGAAAUUGUCUAUAAAUCAUAAAAAUCUCAAGAUCAAGCUCUCUUAAUGAACUCCUUAUUUCAUUCAGUCAACUAUGGAAAGAUAACUAAUAUUGAAUAAAAACCAAUUUUUAUUUUUAUUUUCUGUAUAUUUUACGCAUUUUAUCAGUUGACUUCAUGAAGAGUGUUGCUACGUCUAUUCGCUCAUCAAACAAUUUGAUUAAUGUGUAAAAGUGAUUAAUAUCUAGGAACCCAAUGUUACAUGCUGGAAAUAAGUAACACAUAUAUGUAUGCUUACUAUACUUUAUUAAUAAUGAAAUAUUAAAAAAUAAUAAUAAUAAUAAUGAAAUAUUAAUAUGAAGUUCUAACGUGACAAGUCAACUGAAAAUUAAAAGAAAUGGUGAGUUUUUUUUCCUUUAAGAGAGUAGCGUAAGUGGUUUGGCACCACCAUUAAGUCAUGCCAUUGAAGAAGAAUCGCAACUUUAACACUUUGCGUAUGUGAAUUGCUUCCACACUUUUGAUUCAAAAGAUCUCUAACUUUCAGUUAAAAAUAAAAGUCCUUGUGUGUUAAAUUACCUUCCUAAGUAAGUUCCUUGAGUAUAUUUAUUGUUUUUGUAACCUACAAUUAUGGAACGUUUAGCUUUAACUUGAUUCGAGAUUUGUGAUCUACCAUGCACUUUACAAGUAAAACUACAACUUUUUUUUACCCUUGUGGAUGAUUUAGUCUUCGAAUUAUCAGUUCAAUGAAUCCAAAAAGAUCACAUGAUCGCUGUGUGGGUUGUUUGAUCACGUUUAGUACAGUGCUACCAGAAAAUAAAGUGAGAUGGUUAGGUUUGUUUUAAACCAAAGGCAUAAAAUUUAGUGGGUCCAAAGUUAAAUGUGUUUGUAGCUUAAGAGAAUACACUUUGAAAAAAACAACUAGCUCACAUCUUCUAUUGUCUACUCCUUUUUGUUUUGUCAAUCUUUGGUUUAAGUUUAAUGGACUUGAGUUGGUAUAUUUGAUUUGUUGAACAAGAACGUGUGGCAGUGUUAUUGAUGAAGCGAAAAUUAUGGACACUUGACUUUUUCUCAUUGUUUUGUAGCUUUGAAGAUCCAAAAUUAAAGGAGAAAACCAAUCUUUUCACAAUUUUUGGCAUUCCUAAGCGUCUUAAUUCGAGUGAUUAGUGGAAUUAAACUAAGAUUAUACUAAGAUUAAGUGGGUAUUAGAAUCAUGCUUGCUUAUAACUUGCUAAGAGACAUGGUCACUUGACAGUUGGCUAAAACUGAAAAGUUUAUCUAUUUAUUUAAAUUUUUUGUUACAUUACAGAGAUAAAGUUACCGGUGGGUGAGGAUAUGUUUUAUAAGCGUCGUUAAAAUUAGUACGUGGCGGUCACAAACUGAAGAACUGACAGCCAUAAAGUGUUAAACAUUCUUCCCCUCGUUUUUGGACAACGCUUUGUUCUGGUCCUGUCCUGACUCGUUACAACAACAAGAAGGGAAAAAAAAAAGACAUCACCUUGUAUAAUACCAAAAGUGCCCUUAAUAGAUUGGUAAGUUAAUUAAUUAUUUUGCGCCAAAAAUAGACAACUUAUAGUGUCUGAAGGUGUUAAAAUAGAACAUUUCCUAUUUUUAAGAAGGGUAGUACAGGAAAUGUGAAGAUUAGUUUUUUUUUUUUGUUGUUGUUUCAGAAACGGGCAAAGCUCGCAUGUUACAUUGUCCGUUCUUCACCCUUUCAUGGCAAACGCUUUUAUUAGAUUAUUCAAAAUAACAAAUUUUACUCUUUCUUUUUUUUUUCCGUUUUUUGAUUGAAUUAAUUAAUGAAUUUUACUGUUUUUAAAAGUUUUGAUUUCUCUUUUUAAUUCUUCUCUUCGUCUUCUUAUUAGUUCGUUGGCUGUAGAAGCAGAACGCUUUUGUUACCUACUCUCCUUUUGUAGCUUCUCUACUUCUUCUUCUCUCUUUCUUUGUGAGAGAUAACUCCAAAAAAGCUUUUUGUAUUGAAGAUGGAGAGAUACAAGUGCAGGUUUUGCUUCAAGAGCUUCCUCAAUGGAAGAGCUUUAGGUGGUCACAUGAGAUCUCACAUGCUUGCUCUCCCUUCAAAACGUGAGCUUUAUGAAUUAACUGAACGGCCGAGUCAACUCAGUGAGGAGACAGAGUCCGAUGCUUCUUCUUCGUCUGAUGAGCAAGAAGAAGAAGAUCAUCAUGUGAAUUGCGGAGAGUUCGAAAGCGAAACCGAGUCCUCAAGGAUGAACCCAACUCGGAAACGUUCCAAGCGUACUAGGAAGCUCGGAUCGUUCGAUUUCGACGACUUCAAGAAGGUGAGAACGAGUCAACCCGGUGGUGAGGUGGUGACAGAGCCAGAACAUCACAGCUCAGCUUCUGACACGACGACGGAGGAAGAUCUCGCCUUUUGUCUCAUUAUGCUCUCGAGAGACAAGUGGAAGCAACAGAAGAAGAAGACGAUUGUAGUAGAAGAAGAAGAUGAUGAACGUGAAGAUUACAAACCGAGCAAGAACAGAGGAGGAAGAGGAAGAUUCAAGUGCGAGACUUGUGGUAAAGUGUUCAAUUCGUAUCAAGCAUUAGGAGGGCACAGAGCAAGCCACAAAAAGAACAAGACUUUCACAACAAUGACGUCGACGAAAACAGAGCAUGAGAAAACACUAACAGAGAGCGAGAAAGUUCAUCAAUGUCCGAUCUGUUUUAGGGUUUUCACUUCAGGACAAGCGCUUGGUGGUCAUAAGAGGUCUCACGGAAGCAACAACAUCGGAUCAAGAAGAGAAUUGUCUGUAAAUCAAAGUGUUCGAAGCAUUAAAGAAGAAGAAGAAGAAGAAGAAGUAUCAGUGAAACAGAGGAUGAUAGAUCUUAAUCUUCCUGCACCAAACGAAGAUGAUGAAACCUCUAUCGUGUUCAAUGAAUGGUGAAAACGAAAGACUAUGUUUAACUGCAAAAGAGGCUACUUUUACAUGUUCGAACGCCAAGUCUUUCACUACUAGCCUCACUUCGUGUUGGCCUAAUUCAAAGAGCAUUUAAUUGUCACUAGUGAUUAGAAGAAGAAUCAUGAAGUGUUUCUAUAAAGUUAUUCACAGCUUGUUUUAGGUAUAACUGAAUCAUAUCAGUUCUUGAUUUAGGUAUUACUGUACAAUUUUAAGAGCUAGAGAUUGCCCACUUCAUCUAUCUCUUUGGCCUACUAUUAGAAGAAAAAAAGAAAGUCAAAUCUAAAAAGGAAGAGAUCAACUUUAGUUUUUUUUUUUUUGAAACUUAAUACAUUUUCAUAUAUCAUUUUCACUAUAGAAUCAAAUUUGGCCUUAUGGGUUUUGAACUACCACCACAUUAGAAUUAUUCUUCACGUAUACUUUAUUCUUUAGUUAUGAUUUGGAAUCAAAACUAAUGUUCAUAGUCGCCACCCAAUAGAUAUCAACAAAGUUGUGAUUUAAAGUGGUUGUGAUGGUUCAACUAGUCUUAUUACGCAGUUUGGUGGCUACUCACUAGUGUUUACAAAGAAAAAAUCAUUAAUCCAUGAUUUGUUUGGUGGCUAUUGGCUAAUCACUUGGGUUUAGUGUUUACAAAGUAUCACUAAUCUAUUUUUCAUUUUUAAAAGAAAUAGAAUAUUCAAUGGGACUUUCUCUUUUUUGGUAAAUUUUCAAGAAUAUUUCAAUAUACAGUAUAUAUCGAAUGAUUACGGUUAUAUGAAAGGAACGGACUAAGCGUACCAAAAACGUUAGUAAGUUUUCAAGAGUUUUAUUUGUUUCUUAUUAAAUCCUUUUAGGUCUCAAAUAUGUAAGUCGAUUUUAUUCAUUUGCUUUGCCAGUAGAGUAAGUAGAUCUUGUCCACACUGACACGAACUUCCUCUCUAUACUUGUCUACGAAAAGAGCGAACACGCACAACAACAACAAAAACGCUAUAAUAAGUUAUAAAAACGGUGGGGAAAAUUACUUCAUUUAGCUUAAGUUUUGUUUUUAUAAGAUUACGUUUUCAUAGAGUUUUAAACUGGUAUAAAUGGAUAAAUAUUCAUUUUCCCAUUAUAAUUUAUAAUUUGAUUUUAUACGCACAUAACUGGUUUUGGACAUAUUUAAUUGAAGAAAAAUCCAGUAGAUAUGAUACGUUCAUACUAAAGAACUAAAGAAGUCCGUGAAGGUCACUCUCUGUAAAGCUAUGAUAUGUAAGAGAAACUCAUAUAGAGAAAGGUGUCAAAUGUAUA